AUGGGCAGCGUGUCCAAAACCAAAUCAUCGUCGGUCACUCGUUCAAAACCCAGUGAGGAAAAUUUAGAGGUUUCAAAGACGAAGUAUCCAUUGGGUUCGAAGCGACCAUAUGAUGGAAUGACUAAGUUCAUCAAGGUCCAAAAGAAACAAUGUUUGGAGCAAACUGAUGAGUCUAAGCCAAAUUCUGAGCGACUGACUUUCUCCAGAACGAAACGUAUAUAUGAAUCACGCUCUCGUAGCCAUCAUUCAUACUUUUCCGAUGAUGCUACCGUAUUAGAUCCUGAAACGGAAGAUAUUAAAUGUUUUGAAUCUAUCUCAGACACAACAGGUGCUAACGAUUACAAUGGUCUCAAAUGGCCUCAUCAGCACCAUCCGCCAGCCGGUGCAACAUACAGUGGAACUGACAACUCCAGUCUUCCAGUUACCCGUAGCCCGAGUCCAGUUACCUCUCGUAGUCCCAUUCGGUUGGAAAUCAAGCACUCUAAACGAGAUUUUGUAUUAAGGAGAAUCCGGAAAUCUGAUAAGAAAUGGAAGUAG